UGGAUGGUUAGCAUGUUGGCUGUGAUGCUAACGAGUCCGCGGUGUAACCGAACCAAAACAUUAGCUUCGAUGCUACACCGAUGAUCAGUUUAAAGCUCCUGCUCAUCAGUAGCCACUGUGCUAGCGACUAGUUAGCCUCAUUAGCCUCGUUAGCCUCGUUAGCGACUAGUUAGCCUCGUUAGCGACUAGUUAGCCUCGUUAGCGUCGUUAGCCUCCAGCAACAGCAUCAGCUGCAGCUGUCAACACUGCGCCUCCUGCUAGCUGCUAGCUGCUAGCUGUUAGCAUCACAGCAUCAUGGAGUCGAACCCUCCGAAGAGACGCGACAGUAAGAAGUCUCUGCGGGUGAAGGUGAUCAGCCUGGGGGACGCGGAGGUCGGGAAGAGUUGCAUCAUCAAACGUUAUUGUGAGAAAAGAUUCGUCCCCAAAUAUUUGGCCACGAUUGGAAUCGACUACGGAGUAACCAAGGUGCAGGUCCGGGACCGGGAGAUCAAAGUGAACAUCUUUGACAUGGCCGGUCAUCCGUUCUUCUACGAAGUGCGUAACGAGUUCUAUAAGGACAGCCAGGGCGUGCUGCUGGUGUACGACGUGGGCCUGAGGGAGAGCUUCCACGCCAUGGACUCCUGGCUCGCCGAGAUGAAACAGGAAAUGGGCUCGCAGGCCAACAUGGACUCCAUCGUCUUCAUCGUCUGCGCCAACAAGGUGGACCUGACGAAGAGACGCGUGGUGGACGAGGGGGAGGGGCGGCUGUGGGCGGAGUCCCGAGGCUUUCACUACUUUGAGACGUCGGCACAAAGCGGCGAAGGAAUCAACGAGAUGUUUCAGGCGUUCUUCUCGUCCAUCACGGACAUGUGUGAGAACGGCGGGAAGCGUCCGGUGGCCGAGGUCAGCGUCGGCUUCACCAAGGAACAGGCCGACACCAUCCGACGCAUCCGCAGCAGCAAAGACUCCUGGGACAUGUUGGGCGUGAAGCCCGGCGCCACGCGGGAGGAAGUGAACAAGGCGUACCGCAAGCUCGCCGUGCUGCUGCAUCCGGAUAAAUGCGUCGCCCCCGGCAGCGAAGACGCCUUCAAGGCCGUCGUGAACGCACGCACCUCGCUGCUGAAGAACAUCAAAUAACGUACCCACCCCCCCCACCCGGACCCUCAGGGGUUACUCACCUGUCGUGUGCCAUGUCGCCACCGAGCUGCACGCCAAGCAGAGUGUGUCUGUGUGUGU